CACUGUCUUGAUCCUCGCUUCUAGCACGCCGCGUUCAGAUCACCUUACCAUGUGUCUCGCUCCAUUGGCUGGCAAGCCUUACGAUGUAUCAGUACGGGCCUUGCGUAUGUAUCAUUCUCUAGCAUCAUGUGGGCCAGUGCUGUGACGAACCGAAGUCGGAAUGUGCUUCGGAACGCCCCUCCAUUUAACCCCUCCUGAUCGCUUUUCUCUUUGUUUGUGUGACUUAUUCAUUCCUCUUGUUGAUUUCGUGUACAUAUCUGCAGCAUGCUGGAUGUUCUGUCGUACGUCCCUAGGGACCCGUUUCAGCAGCUGACAUUGUCGCUGUGUGUGCUUGGCUUGUUCCUUACGACGAUUCUCAUCUUUGCUUUUAAGCCUAGAAACAAGACGGAGCCGAUCACGAGUAGCAUAGAGGCGUACCUGAAGUUUGCUUACGGGUGUUUCUUGAAACCUCACACUGGGGACGGCACUGGGAGCCAACAGGAUGCAUUGGAAAGCUUCUACAAAGCGCAAGCCAGCGUCUACGAUGCCACUCGAGUGCAGCUCCUCCGCGGCCGCGAGGACAUGCUGGGUCUCGUUGCAGCACAACUGAAGCACCGUGCUGAGACUGGCUUGAUCUCUCAGCGCCCAGUUUGGGUUGAUAUUGGCGGCGGCACUGGUUGGAACGUGGAACAGAUGAACAACUUCGUCUCGGUCCCAGACUUCUUCCGCGCAGUCUAUAUCGUCGAUCUCUCCCCAAGCCUCUGCGAGAUGGCUCGCAAACGCUUUGCUCGCCUUGGCUGGACGAACGUCAAAGUCAUCUGUCAAGACGCGCGCGCUUUCCGCCUCCACGAGCACGAAACACAGGCCUUCGAGCGCAAGGCGUACAAGAUCCAGGGACAGACUGUGCGCGAUCUGGAUGAGAACGCCGACGCUGGUGGCGCUGAGCUCGUCACCAUGAGCUAUGCUCUAUCCAUGAUCCCAGAGUUCUACCCGGUCAUCGACUCUAUCGACAGUCUCCUGAGCCCCAAUGGCAUCGCAGGUGUUGUGGAUUUCUACGUCCAGAGUCAAGUUGAUUUCAGAGGCCGAAACUACAUUGGUGGUGCAAUCGACCGCCACUGCAUGUGGCUUUCGAGAGUGUUCUGGCGCACCUGGUUCGAGAUUGAUCGCGUUAACUUGGAGGCUGCCAGACGGGACUACCUCGAAUACCGCUUUGGUACCGUGCUCAGCGUCAACGCCCGCAACAACUUCUUCGGCACCGGUAUUAAGCUUCCCUACUACAUCUGGAUCGGCUGCGGGAAGGACAGCGGCGCGUCUAGGCAGAAACUUGCAGAAAUCGACGCUGCCGCCACUGAGUCGCCAUACCUUUCUGCUCUCGAUCUCCAGACUGGUGUCACACAGACUGAUGUCGAGGUUCGAUCAAAGGCGUACGAAUCGGCGAUUGUGAACCUCCAGUCAUCGCUCCCCCUGCCCGCCACGUGGUACCAAAACCACCACUGGCGGAUUCACUACGAUUCAAUGCUUCUCAAGCACACCCGAUUCAACAACUCAUACAUCUACGCUUUCACCUGGGAGGAUGAUGUCGCAGACCACCGCAUCCUCAGGCCUACAGCCAACGAUGUCAUUCUUGCUAUCGGGUCUGCAGGCGACAACAUUCUGUCCUUCUGUCUGGCCAACCCGCGCCGUGUCCACGCAGUCGACUUGAACCCGUCUCAAAACCACCUUCUCGAACUCAAAGUUGCCGCUUUCACAGCCCUCGGCUAUCAAGACGUCUGGAAGCUUUUUGGCGAGGGUAAGCACAGUGACUUCAAGAACAUCCUUGUCCAGAAGCUCAGCCCCCAUCUCUCGAGCGACGCCUUCCAGUUCUGGCUCCAUAAUGGGCCUUCGGUUUUCUCCAAGUCCUCAAAAGGGCUCUACUACUCUGGUGGCUCCGGUAACGCACUCGCGAUGGGAGGCUGGCUGUUCCUCCUCCUCGGCAUGUCUGCAGACGUGAAGAAACUCUGCGAAGCCCAGACUCUCAACGAGCAGCGCGAGAUCUGGCAACGCAGCAUCAAGACGGUUCUGCACUCCAAGAUCCUCACAUAUUGCAUCCUCGGUAACGAAAAGUGGCUGUGGAAAGCGCUCGGCGUACCCCCGGCCCAGCGCGCCGUCAUCGAAGCAGACUUUGUCAAGACGGCCGACUUCUCCGAGACCAAGACCAAAGACGCAGGCGAGGAAUACAUGGCGUUCCACGACGAACCCUCCGACGAGGCACUAAAGCAAACAUCCGGCAACGCCAUCUACGAAUACGUCCUAAACACCUUCGAGCCCGUCAUCAACACCACCCUGCUCAGCACCCAGAACCACUACUACCUCCUCACCCUCCUGGGCCACUACACACCCACCUCGCACCCCACCUACCUCUCCCCCAAGAGCCACGUCCGGCUCAGCAAGCCCAACGCCUUCAACGGCCUGCGCAUCCACACCGACGAGAUCAGCGAGGUGAUUGCACGCAUGCGCCCCUCGACACUCACCAUCGUCGUGGUCAUGGACAGCAUGGACUGGUUCCCGCCGACAGGCCAACAAGCGCUCAAGCAGAUCCGGGCGCUGAACCGGGCGCUGCAGGUCAAGGGCCGGGUGAUGCUGCGCAGCGCGGGGCUGGAGCCGUGGUAUCUGAAGGUGUUUGGCGAGAACGGGUUUAGCUGCAAGAGGGUUGCUGUGAGGGUGCCGGGGAGCUGCAUUGACCGGGUGAAUAUGUAUGCGUCGACGUGGAUUUGUACCAAGGAGGUUGGGCUGGGGCAGGAGGAUGUUAACACAAGACUGAGGCAGGCUAGUUUGGCGGAACUGAGGCUGGAGGCGCCGGCUAUGCGGGUGGAUGAGUAGACGUGCGGUUGUCGAGUGAAGAUACCACAUCCUGAAUUUACGCGAGUUCUCCAAAAUGCAAACUGUUCUG